CUGCUGUGCCGAGCAGGGCAGCUCUGCAUCCCAGAGCUCCUGCGGGACUCAGGGGCUCCAUCCUGGGAGGAUGGUGCAGGUACCCCCAGGCCACUACUGUUCCCCAUUGGCCCUGCAGAAGGGACUACAGUGAAACUCUUGAGAUCCAGGAGAGCCUCUUUUCAUAGAAAAUCACCACCAAAUCAGGCUUUCCUCCGUGGCAGCAAAAGCAGAACGUGCUGGGGAGAGCAGCAUUUUGAUCCUUCAGACUAGACAUUUCUGUACCGAGUGCUUCAGUCCAAAAAGCUUAAACUUGCCAGUGGUAUUGUGCAGAACCCUGCCUCCCCAAGUUGACCUGGUAGCCUUUCUACAGAGCAGUGGGAGAUGCCAGUGGUGUUGAAGAACCUCUGGUCUUCCCAGGUAUUGAGAGAAAUUAAUUUUCAAAUUUGGAGGGCCACUCAGAGGAAGACGGUUUUAAAAGAACAGGGUGUUUGCCCCUCUUUACCCACAGUGUCCUUGCACAUACAUCCUCUACUCUCAAUUUCUUCCUGUAAAAUUGUGUGCCUCCCAGUUGGGAAAGCAGCACACUGUACCAAGCCCUUCCUAGGAAAAGUCUCUCUGGUUACAAGGGAUGCAAUGUCUUUUUUGUUUUAGCUUGGAGAAACAAAAGAUGUUUUCAUCCAUUUUGUAUGAACCUGAAUGAAAGUUUUUUCAGCAGCUUCCUCAGAAUUUUUUAUUCCUGAGCUGUCCUCAAUAUGAGUGUGAACAGAGGCUAAAGAUGGAGAGCAGAUAUAUGGUUGAUGUGGCAGUUGUCUUUCAGGUGGUAUUGGUUUCACAUCUGUCUAUGUCGCACUACAAGUGCACACCAUAAUAAUGAGUAGCCCUCUUAUCUAGGUUUAUCAGUCAUGGCAGAAUACAGUAGAAAGCCUUUGUGUCUCCCAGGGACACCUGCUGAGGAUCUCUAUGAGUCAGCUUGACUUGGUUUCUUUUUAAUUGAAGUUGCCAGAUAAAACUUGUGUGGGUAAAACGUGGCAAACUUAAUUUCUUUCUGAGGGUUAUAGUCUGCUCCGUUGGUUCCAGUUAAAUUCUGGGCAGCACAGGAGGAAGAGGUUGAUGACCACCUUCAGAAAAGCCCUGUUGCUAGAGGAGGUAAGCAAUGCCUGGGGACAGCCUCUCCUGCUGUUACUUAUGGGAAGUCCUGACCCCCCCCUUCUCAAGGGUUUUGCCUGCAAAGAGCUACACCAGAGGUACUGUGCUGAGUACUGGUGACCCAGGAGUGGGUGCCCACCAAGGUGAGGGUGGCCGGGUCUGUAUGGGUUCUGCCCACAUUUUAUAAGGCAGCAGCAAACCAGCUUGGCAUGUGCAGUACCCAGUGGGGAAGCUCCUACUGAUCUAUCUGUGCCUUCUUUACAAGGCUGAGGGAGGUGGGGGAUGGAGGGACACAGCUCUUAAUCGUCCCCAUGAGGACAUGAGAAACAAAUUUAGAUUUGGGUGUCCUCUAGACAACAGCACCUCUACAGACAGGGCAGUGCUGCUCUGAUAGUAUCAGACUAUCACUGGCAUUGAGGAAACCUUAAUUCAACUUUCUGAAUCUCAUGGUCAUCGCACAAUGAGAACAUUUCCUUAAUACCAUCUACCAGAAAUUAUCUUUCUGAAAGUUAAAAGUUCAUAAUUUGAGAAGUCAUAGAUCCUACUUUCAGGGUGUGGGGAGAAACCAGCCUUUUGAUGUUGUCCUGAAAACAGUGCAGAGUGCUUUACAUCUGUUUUUAAAGAGGUUUGCUUACACUUGUCAGAGAAAAAGGUGAGUUUUGAAAAUCCACUGUUCUGGCACUUUAUAAUACCCUACCCUUUAAACUUUAUUUCUAGAAGUGUAUCUUUGCUGUCCUUAGCUAAUACCUAUCCAGGAGUCAGUUCCCUGAUUAUUUCCACAGGUGCUUGUCCUGGCCCAUCUGGCUGACAUCACUUGCAUAAUUUGGUUGAUGUUGGAGGCCCGUGGUUUGACCUUAAUUACAUUGUUUUGUAGCUUGAGGGUGUUAGUUGUAGUUGAGGGUGUAAUAUUUGCUAGAUAAAGCAUAACACAGUAAAAACCACAAAUGUGGCAGAAAUACCAGAACUGAACUUACAUGAAGAUGUUUGCCGGGCAACUUGCUAAUCAAUCCACAAGCAACAGCUCAGGCAACCUGGAAGAUACUCUCCACCCCUAAAAUCCCACCAAGGUCAGCCUGCCUGAAGACAGCACAACUCUGUCUUUGGGCAGAUGGCAUUUUACUCUCUCUUGAGUUUUGAGGCAGGGGCAGUACCUGGGGGUGCUUCCAGGACUGCACUCCUUGUGUCCUGGAGGGCCUUGGUAUUGGUAGAGCAGCCAGCUGGAUGCAAUGUCUGUUUCUCAUAACACACCCCACUGCACAGCCUCCUGCCCCGUUCCACCCCAGAGGAACUGCUUUUUGUGCCCCAGUGGUGCCUGGCAAUGUGCUUUGCAGCAUCCCAGUUGUGCUGCACUCAUAGUGCAACCCUGAGCAGGAUGCUCAGGUCAGGGACCAAGAGGGGUCCUUGAUUUAUGAACAUCCCAGUAUUUUAAACCCUAUGACUCCACUGGGCUGCAGAGAGACAUUAUGCUUAUAAUUUUGUUUACAGGCUAAGAAGGGGCACAAUGUGUCAUGGCUAGAACCAAGAUUUUCUUGUGAGUGCAAUGGCAUUCUCAAGGCUCCAAUUGUUAUCAGUUUAAAUUUGCUGGUUGCAGAAGAACAGGAACAUUAUUGCAGCUUCAAUUUUUUGCACACACAUAACUUCUAUCAAUUUUUUUUUGUGUUAUCUCACCCUUAUCCCUGCUGCUUUGGGUCCUAAGGCUCAUGAUUGUAGUGAAGUGAGGUGUCAGAGAGAGCUGUCAGUCCUUCCCUGGGAUGAGUGCAAUGUUCACCCUGAUUUUCCUUCUGUCUUUUUCCAGGAUCUGUUUUGGAUCAUUUUUCUAUGGUUUCCAACAUGCUUCUAUACCCUCUCUCUUCACUGGUCUAUACACAACCAACGAUAGGCAAUACCCCUUAUGUAUGUUAGAUGCUAAUUUUGUUCUCUCUGUUACCACUAAACCUGGUUUUGCCAUCUCCAGAUCUGCAUUUUUUAUCUGACCAUCAGUGAGUUGUGUAGAGCUGUGGGGCUCCCCAGUGCCAGCCUGUGCCCCACCUUCUACCCUCCCAUAUCUGUAUUCCUCUGUGCUGCAUCCUGAAUCCCCACAGCUCAAGUACCAAACUUGUAUUUCUACACACCGUGUCUGAGUGAAAAAUGUCUCAUUCUGCACAGAAUGGGGAAACUAAGGGAGUGAUAGCUUUCACAUGCUGUCAUGGCACCUCAGGCAUUUCUGCCUCUGUGCGAAUCCUGUCCCCUGUAAGUGCUUCUGUCCCUUUGAGUGGCUGCAUCCUACUUGACAAUUUCACAAGAAGCCAGCAGGACCCAGGCAGAGCACAUCAGUGCUUUCUCAGCUCAGCCCCAAAGCUCAGCCCAGGAAGCAAACACGUUCAUGUAGGCAUGGGCAUUAGAGAAGAGGAAACAUACAUUUCAAUCCAAACAGGAUCAGCUUGAAGAAAUCAUUGGUUUUCAAUGCAGCUGUGAUUUAAGAAAAUACAAAAGAAAUUUGAAUGCUGCUUCAGAAGAGAAAGACUGGGAAAAAGAUAUACUGAGGAAGAGCAGAAGUGCCACCAUAGCUUCAACAUUAAAUUUGGAGGUGCCUGAGGUCAUCCCUGUGCUCCUGCUGAGAAUCACCAGCUGGUAAGAAGCAGCCAGCAAAUUCAGCAUGACAGAAGCAUAUGCAGAAACCACAGCUGAAUAUACUUACGAUGAACAUGCUUUCUCCUGCAACAAAACCGACAUCCAAGAGUUUGGGAACAUAUUUCUGCCACUAUUUUAUAUCGUGGUGUUUGCCCUUGGCCUCACAGGGAAUCUAAUGGUGGUUUUUGCCAUUGUGAAAGGCAAUAAAAAAAGCAUCACUGACAUCUAUCUCCUGAACUUGGCUAUCUCUGACCUUCUCUUUGUGAUCUCCCUCCCGUUCUGGGCGUCCAACACGGUCCGUGGAUGGACCCUUGGGACUAUUGCAUGUACAACUGUUUCCUCACUGUUUUACAUUGGUUUCUUUGGGGGAAUGUUCUUUAUCACUGUUAUCAGUGUUGACAGGUACUUGGCCAUUGUCCGGGCAACUUAUUCUCUGAAAUCCAGAACGGUAAGACAUGGAUUUCUUGUAACCUGUGGAGUGUGGGCAAUAGCGGUUUUAGUGUCAGUGCCACACUUUGUGUUCUCCCAGCUCAUAGAAAAUGACUGCACUGCUGUCUUCCCAGAGAAGCUGGAGAACAUCUGGCCAGUGUUCUGCAAUAUGGAGCUGAACACCAUUGGCUUUUUCAUCCCAGUCUGUAUCAUAUUCUAUUGCUACUGUGGGAUCAUCAAAACCCUCCUAUCCUGCAAAAAUCAGAAAAAAGCACGAGCCAUAAAACUGAUAUUGAUUGUGGUGGUGGUUUUUUUUCUGUUUUGGUUCCCCUACAAUGUACUGAUUUUUCUGGAUACUUUAAAUCACUAUGAGUUAUUCACAAAUUGCAACCAAAUUAAGUCAUUGGACUAUGCAAUGCACCUGACUGAAACCAUUGCAUUCAGUCACUGUUGUCUCAAUCCUCUCAUCUAUGCCUUUGCUGGGGAAAAAUUCAGGAAAUACUUUUAUCAUGUCUGCAUGAAGUACUGUCCAUUCCUGUGUUUCUGUGGGCCCUGCAGUCACUACCAGGUCUCUCAUUCAGUUAGUUAUGCAGAAAGUGUGGUGAACAGCAACAUAACCCAGAACACCAGCGACCAGGACACCUCUGUCUUCGUCUAAAAGGGUCCCAGAAGGAGAAAUGUAUCAAUAGGGGUCUCCUGCAGGGAUAGCAGCCACUGAGGGGUUGCAUUUACCCAUAUGAAGAACCUUAAAGGCUGCACUGAAUUACUGACAUACCUCUAGUUAAGGAUUAAAUAUUCUAAAACAGCAGAGAUUUUAAAAACAAAAGACAUAUAAUAUGUCAGUGUUGGACAUAGAAUGGAAUCAAGAGCAAGGAAGAGGGAAAGUAGACACAAAAGGAGUGCUCUAUGCCUAGCGAAGAAAGAGGAGAAGAAUUUAAGGGUAGGGAACUUUUUGAACAGUUCCACCACUGGCACAUGUGUCAGUGUAUGUGCAUGUGAUACUGAUGUACAUAGACCUAAACUCAUUUUUUAUAAGGGAAGAGAAAUCUCUUUAAUGAAUGGUGACUAACUUUUAGGAGAGGGAAAUAUUUUUGAUAGUAAAGGGAUGUAUUUUUGAUGCUAUAUAUACAGAAGGAAGUUAUUUUGUGGUUAUUGAUUGCAACAAAUGUUUUAACUGUCCUUUCAUAUGCAAUAA